AUGACAGAGGGAGUUUCGCCCGCGGAUGCGGCAGAGGCGCGCGCCCUUGAGCAGGCCCGCAUUCGCAAGGAGCGUCGCGAGGCUAAGAUUAGGGCCAAUGCCGGAAACCGUCUGAAUAGGAUCACAGGAUUGGGAGGCGGUGUUGAAAGAGAUCCCCCUCCUACGGCACCAGCAGCCAGCGAUGACAAAACAUCGCCAGCCCCGACUUCCACUUCCGCACCCCGAGUCCACGCCGACCCCGAAGAGGUCGAUAUCUCCGCCUCGGAACACUUUUACCAACCAACCACCACCCCGCGAAUCCCUAAGCAGCAGCCUCGGCCUAUACAAGAAGGAGGGUCAGGCGGUCCAGGCGCCGAGGACCCAAUGAUGCAAAUGAUGAUGAACAUGCUUGGCGGUGGAGGAGCUCCCGGUGCCGGCGCCGGUGGUAUGCCACCUUUCCCCGGAGGAGGGUUUCCCGGCAUGCCCGGUAUGGGCGGCAUGAUGCCACCUGGAAUGGGCAUGCCCGGCAUGGGCCAGCAAGGAGUCCCGCCUGCCAUGGCCGUUCCCGACCGGUAUUCCUCUCUCUGGCGACUGCUGCACACGGCCGUGGCGCUCGGUCUCGGUGUCUACAUUGCGGUGUGGACUUCGUUCAGCGGCAGCAAGGUCGACAGGGACAGCAAGAACAUUCUCACUGGCAACAAGCACCACCACACGGGGGCAGGCGAUCAGGUGGCUGUGGGCUUUGAUACGGAUUCGGCGAGACGCUUCUUCUACGCGUUUGCUACGGCUGAGGCACUCCUGCUGACGACGCGCUUCAUGUUGGAGAAGGGUUUGGGAAGGAGUCCCGUCGGUGGUGCUUUUGGUGGUGGUAUGUUGGGUAUGGCGGCUGGGUUCUUGCCACAGCCGUGGAAGGGCUAUUUGGAAAUUGGGCUGAGGUAUGGACAGAUAUUCAGCACGGUCAAGGCGGAUAUUCUCGUUUGUAUCUUUGUGCUUGGAGUUUGCUCUUGGUGGAGGUCGUAA